UUGUCAAUGGAGCAGGAGAAGCUUUCUUAUAUGCUUCGGCGCGGUUUGAGGGACCGGCCUCUGCGUUGCGAGUGUUUCAGGUUGAUUAAUGUUUUUGUUUUUUGAGUUUGAUCGAUAAACCCCCUGAUAGUGAUGAUUCCCUUCCUCUCCUCCAACAGCAAGCCUCCAAAAAUAAACUAAACAUUUGAACCAACUUCAUCAAUACCCCCCUCCUCUGCCCCUACCCAUUCCAUCCCUUUCUGGCCGACACUAAUCUCCUGAGCAGAAACACUCCUACUUCUGUCUUCACCACCCCCAACACCAGCAGCUCCAUCUCAUCGCCCAUUCCUCACCAAAUUCCACCACAAACCAACCAAUCCACACUUUCAAGUCUGGCCUCCACUUAUAACGCGGCUCUACGAAAACCCACAUAAUUAAACAGCGAACUUCCAAUCGUCCGAAGAGUGUCUUCAACCCUGUUUUGCUGUUGUCUUGGCAAACUACACACAUACAUAUAACAUACACAUAUACAUCAUACAGAGGACAGCUAAAGAUUAAUAAUAAUAUAAAAUAUAACCCACUCCUUUUCUCUCACCAGCAUAUCAUUAUAACCUCGGCCACAGCUUCUUCUUCUUCUUUCCUCUGCCACACCCAAUCAUCAUCAUCAUCAUCCACUCCAAUUCACCAAAACAGUCCUCAGAACCAAUGUCGCCUCCUAACUCACCCCCGAGGUAUAAUCCGAUCGGCUGGCUCUCGGAUCUGCAAGAACGCCCAUUGUUACCACUACGAUUCAACCCACUACAGCCGACGAAUUUCAAGGGCCGGAGCACGCUUGGGAGCCGGCUGAUAACGCUGAGUGGGCUGCUAGUGUUGAUCGGGACGGCGGUGGUGGUGGACCGACAUCUGUUCCGGAAUCUGGGCGAGCCGGCUCUACUGUGGGAGACCAACUACCAUCUGACCAAUGCCGUCGUCUCCCGGGUCUGCAACAUCCUCCCCUCCUCCUCCUCCUUCGCUUCUCAAACCGACGGGACCAAUCGGACCAAUGACUCGUUCAAUGGAUUGCUGGCUUCCAAAUUCUGCCGAAAUCAGCUCAAUCAGAAGAAGGAUCUGGAGAAGCUCUAUGUGCCUGAUUCGGGCCACGACUUCGGCCCCUCGAUGGACCGCUCCAUGGGCUCCGAGCGCUGUGCCGCCCUGUUCCCUAACCUCUAUCAGGAACUCGAUCGCGCUGUCCUCUACCAUUCUUCCAGAGGAAACAUCUCCAUCCAACAUCUCGAUCGCGCUUAUCAGUACAGUCAUGCUCGUGUCCUCAUCUACCGCAAUCGGGUGUACAUUAAAGGCUUCAAUGGGGGGCCUGGCCUACGCACAGAAGCUAUAUUAAAUUCAAUCCAGGAAGCAGUGAUCACCUCACCGGAGCUAUUACCGGAUGUAGAAUUUGUGAUCAAGACGAGUGAUGCGCCGCAGGGGGGAGACGACGAGCAUCCGUUGUGGGUGCUCGACCGGACCAAGUCGCAGGAAGAGGUCUGGCUGAUGCCCGACUACGGCUUCUAUUCCUGGCCGGAACCGAAGGUCGGCGGGAUGGUCGAGGUGCGCGACAAAACGGCCGAACGCGAGGCUUCCUUGUCUUGGGAUUCUAAAAUCUCCAAGGCGUUUUGGAGGGGCGCUAUUCUCGUUAAACUGCGUGAACAAUUACUGGAAGUAUCGAAAGGUAAAUCGUGGAGUGACAUCAAGCCGAUCGUCUGGCAAAACUUGAAUGGCGGACUCAAGACGCCCGAGGAUCAUUGCAACUACAAGUUUCUGGUCCAUACCGAGGGAUAUGCGUAUUCGGGCCGGCUGAAGUAUCUGCUCAUGUGUCGGAGCGUGAUUGUUGGGCAUGAGAUGCAAUAUAUCCAGCAUUUCCAUCAUUUAUUAGACUCCCGGCCGCAUUCGCCGACCCAAAACAUAGCGAUCGCGGAUGGCCCGGGGAUCGAAGGGCUUCCGAAGCUGAUGGACAGGUUGCUAGCCGACCCGGUGUGGGCCGAGUCGAUCGCCAACAACUCGUACCCGCUCUUCCGCCACUACCUUUCGCCGGCCGGGGUGCAUUGUUAUUGGAGACAGAUGUUUAGGGCCUGGGCUAAUGUCCAAGACUUCGUCCCCCAUCGGACGCCCAAGGAUACUCCCUUCGAAUCCUUCAAUCUCAUGCAUGCGAUCGACUGGCCCGCUCAUUAAUCAACCGGACACCCCCCCCCUCUCUUAACAUUCUUAUCCCGCUCCCUUUGCGCUUGUUUAUGUGAUGUACGGUGUAUCCCUCCCUCUUUCUUUCUUUGUGUGUGUGUGUGCUUGUGUGUUUGGGUUUCAGUUCAUGGGUUCUUUUUCUCUCUCUGUGUGUAUUAUACAUAUAUAUAUAUAUAUAUAUUUAAUUGUGGGCGCGAACAUCUCUUCGGAUCUUUUUUUCACUUGACUCCAAUCUGUCUAUAACUUCUAGUCAUGUUUAUACGCUGUUUUUUUUUUUUUUUACUUGCUCAUAUAUUCAUUGAUGAUACCUUUUUUUUCCAUCAUUAGCAUUUGGGUCCCAUCGUUUUCUCUUGUCCAAGUCUUCUAACAUCCUUUCUUCUCUACUCUUCUCUCUCUCUCUCUUUUUUUUUUUUGGUUUAUGUGUAGGAGGUCAUUGUCAUUGUCAUUGUCAUUGUCAUUGUCAUUGAUGGUCAUUGGAGGGAAG